AGCUGUUUCAGUGUCAGUGUUUUAGAAACCAAUAAGAAGUGAUAGUUCAUUCCUUUCUUCACUCAAUCAAUCAAAUUAUUAGUACAUUUCCACUUUGUUUCAGUAGUACUGAAGUGGUUGUACAUAUUCUAGGUAGGUAUAUUGCAACACCUUUAUUUCUGUGUGGAAGUGACUUCACAACUCUCAUUGUGAAUCAUCAAGACGAAGUAUUAGUACUACAUCAAAUAGACAUAUACAGCAACAAACAUAUGGCUCAUGCUCAUCACCAGGAAGAUGGUUGGCCAUUAGGUUUGCAACCAUUGAAUGCAAUAGUAGGUUUGGUACGAAACCAUCAUGAUGCUGCUCUUUCAGCUAGGUCUAUGUCAUUCAAUACAUUACUCACUUUUUCACCAAGUACUUCUACUGUCUUCUCAUCAGACGUUGAUACUGAGUCCACAGGGUCAUUCUUCCCUGACAAGAGCAUGACACUUGGGAGUUUAAUGUGUGUGUCAAGUAUUACAGAUCUCUCCGGAAGGUCACUUACUGGAAGAAGAUCACUAAUGGAAUCAUUUAGAUCAGUGAAAGACAACAACAAGAUGAAGUCACAUAAUAAGAAAUAUUGGUUGUUUUCUUUAUUAUGUGCAAAACCCAUUGCUGCUGAUAUUGAUCAUAAUAAUAAGACUGUACAAACCAACACUCAAUCUUUAGCACAUUUCCUUGAAGUCGAAAGAAAAUUAGCAAAUUCUUCUCUAUACAUUGAUGGUCAUAUUGCUGCACAUCCUCCUCCUUCUCAAUCACAAUCUAGCCAUUGUCUUGGUUCAUCAAAUGUUAAUGGAUUUCCAUUGUCAUCAUGCAUUUGUGGGGUGCCCACAAAUUGA